AUGUCUCUCUUGUUAACACUCAACAGAUCACCCCUAAAAUUCAUCCCCCUUCCAGCAGCCCUCGACGUCUCAAAGCCUGGGACAAUCGUCGAAACCGCCAAGGACCAAUCCUCAUACCCAUGCCGGCGCUGCCUCAAGGACUCUAGUCCUGGGGACGAAAUUUAUCUGAUCUCCUACAAUCCAUUCCUCGGGGAAAGCCCCUAUACCGGGCCAGAUCCAAUCUUCGUGCACCAGCGGGACUGCAUGUUUAAACUGGAAGACGAGAAGGACGUCGUUCCGGACCAGCAGCGCCGUCGAAAGCUCUCAGUCCGCGCCUAUAAUGCGGAGCAUAUGAUGAUCAAUAAUGGGGUUGUUGAUGGUGUCGACCUGGAGGCGAAAGCAGGGGAAAUGUUUGCAGAUCUGGAUGUGAAGUAUAUCCAUGUGCAUUAUGCCGGAGCUGGUUGUUUUGCAGUCAAAAUCGAGAGGAAGUAG